GAAAUUUCUUGGGCUAUAGAGGAAGGGAGAAGUGGUUAAGUCCUCUAUGUUUGGAAACUUCCCUUAAAUUUCUGGGACAUCAAAUUUAGGGGCUCACUGUAUGAACCAGUUUUCAUCACACUAACUAAUGGGAAUACAGGAGGAAUGGUCGUCCAUUUUUGUACUGGAAUUGGAGUGCCUGCUGCAUAUGUACAAAUGGCUAAGAAUGGCUCCCAAGAAGCUAGAGGUGUGUAUUGAUUCUUUAGAAUCAGCCAUAGCAGCAGUUGAGGGCGGAGCAGACCGUCUUGAAUUAUGUGCUGCCCUAUCUGAAGGAGGUCUGACGCCAACAUUAGGACUUUUAACUGUUGUGAAGAAGGUCAUUGCACCAAGAUCUGUUGAUGUGUUUUGCAUGGUUCGUCCUCGUGGGGGACCUAUGACUUUCUCACAAGAAGAAAAAGAAAUUAUUAUAAGUGACACUAAAGCUCUGGUAAAAGCUGGUGCAGAUGGCAUAGUUUUUGGUGCUCUCAAGUCUGAUCAAACAAUUGAUGUGGAACUCUCUAGAUCUGUGCAAGAGGCUGCUGAUGGCCUUCCAUGCACAUUUCAUAGGGCUUUUGAUCUUAUCCCUGAUCAGUUGGCUGGACUUGAAACAGUGAUAAAUUUAGGAUAUAAACGAAUUCUCACGAGUGGAGGACAGGCCAGUGCUGUAGAAGGCUCAGAAAAUAUUGCUCAACUAGUGGCUGCAUCAAAGGGCCGUAUAUCAGUCAUGGCGGGAGCUGGAAUCAAGUCUAGCAAUGUAACUUUGCUUUCAUCAGUGACCAAUGCUCAAGAGUUUCAUGCAUCAGCAAGAAUCCAGAGAACUGUCGGCUCAUCAGACAAGUGUGGACCAAAGAUGGGUUUGAAUGAUGACUGCAUAAUCUGGGUGACUUGCAAAGAGGAAGUGGAAAAAAUUAAGGAAGCUUUAAAUUGAAUCAAAUAUCAGCCAUCUUUCCAUACGUCCAUAGCAGUAGUUCCUGUUGAAACUUAAAUACAUCACUAUUUUGUC